AUGUCUAAACUUCUCACCAUCUUCGGAGCCACUGGCAAUCAGGGCGGUUCCGUCGUGAGAGCAGCCCUCGCCGACGCCGUUCUAUCAAAAGAGUACAAAAUUCGUGGCAUCACUCGGGACGUCUCUAAGCCCGCAGCUCAAGCUUUAGCCAGCAAGGGCGUCGAGGUCGUUUCUGCCGACAUGAACUCAAAGACCUCUCUCGCCGAGGCGAUCAAGGGCUCCCACACAGUCUUCUUUAUGACCACGCCCAACUUCACGGGUGGCGCCAGCGAAGAGCAGGCUCACGGCAAGAACGUGGCCGACAUCGCGGCCGAGACCGGCGUCAAGCACCUCAUCUACUCAUCUCUGCUGCACGUCACCGAGACCACCAACGGCCGCCUCAAGCAUGUUGUCCACUUUGACGACAAGGCCGAGGUUGAGCGCUACAUCCGCGCCAAGGGCAUCCCCAGCUCCUUUGUCCUGCCGGGGUACUUUAUGAGCAACUUCUCUGCACUGCAAAUGAUUCGCAAGGGCGAGGAUGGGGUCUACAACCUGGCGUAUCCUGUCAGCGACAAGGCCAAGUUCCCUCUCAUCGACACCGAGUCCGAUAUUGGCAAGUACGUCGUCGCGGCAAUCCGCAAUGAUAGCACCCUCCUCGGCAAGCAGAUCUUGGCAGCUGAGGACUACUACACGCCCACGCGGAUCGUCGCCGAGUUUGAGCAAGUCACUGGCAAGACAGCCCGUUUCUUGCCCGUCGACGCUGCGACGUACAAGUCCUUCUUCGCUGGUCCGAUGGCUGCCAUGGCUGACGAGAUGCUCGAGAACCACCUCUUUAUUGACGAGCCCGGGUACUAUGCCGGUAAGGACUUGAAGGAGAGUCAGGAGCUUUUGGCUGGCGUUGGGCUGAAGGCGACUACUUGGAAGGAGUUCUUGGAGGCGAACAAGGCUGCUUUCCCGUAA